GAGGCGGGUUGAGGCAGCAGGAAGAGGAGGAGGAAACGCAGAGCAGGAAGUGCGGGAAGCUUGGAAGGAGAGGCGGAAUUGCCCCGAUCAUGGCUGCUAGGAACCAGGGCACGGCGCUAGACCUCAGCUGGCUUGCGAGAGUCCGGGUGAACCAGCCGGCGGUCCUGAGGCGGGCAGCUCAAAUUCAGACACAGCGGGCUGUGAAAAAGAAUUGGCAGGCAGCUUGGCACCUGAGGGCCGUCACCUGCAUCGACCUCACCACCCUUUCAGGCGAUGACACCCCUUCCAACGUCUGCAGGUUGUGCUACAAAGCCAAGCAUCCCAUCCGAGGGGAUCUGUUGCAAGCUAUGAGCGUGGACGGCAAAGGCAUUACUACUGCUGCCGUUUGCGUCUACCCAGCAAGAGUCGCUGAUGCAGUGAAAGCACUGAAGGCUGCUGGCUGUGACAUCCCAGUAGCUUCAGUGGCAACCGGAUUUCCAGCAGGGCAGACACCUCUGAAAACCCGCUUGGAGGAGAUCCGCCUCGCCGUGGAAGAUGGCGCCAGAGAGAUAGACAUUGUCAUUAACAGAACCUUAGUCCUGACAGGCCAGUGGGAAGGUCUCUACGAAGAAAUACGUCAGUGUCGUCAGGCCUGUGGAGAAGCUCAUAUGAAAACUAUUUUGGGGACAGGAGAGCUGGGAUCGCUUACUAAUGUCUACAAAGCAAGUCUUGUAGCCAUGAUGGCAGGUUCUGAUUUUAUCAAGACUUCCACAGGAAAAGAAACCGUUAAUGCUACCUUUCCCGUUGGGCUCGUCAUGGUGAGAGCUAUUAGAGACUUCUUCUGGAAAACUGGCUAUAAGGUUGGCUUUAAGCCUGCGGGAGGCAUUCGCACAGCCAAAGAUGCCCUGAUCUGGCUCUCGCUGAUGAAGGAAGAACUAGGAGAUGAGUGGCUAAAGCCAGAACUCUUUCGCCUGGGGGCCAGCACUUUGCUGGGAGAUAUUGAGAGACAGAUUUACCACCAUGUGACCGGCAGAUACGCAGCUUCCUAUGACCUGCCUAUGGCUUAGACUAGAGACUAAUUCAUGAUAUGAAAGAGAGAGAAGGAAAAAGAAGAAAAAGGGGAUACACAGAAGAGGCGUAAGCAAGCGACGUCCUCGAAUCCUUUCCUGCAAAUGUGCUUGGGAAAGGAUUAAAGGGCAAGGGGCUUCUGACUCACUUUUUCACCAAGCUGGACAAGUGCUCGUGAUUAUAAGAGAAAUUCUGGAGUUUGAAGGUUUUUCCAGGUCAAUUUUGCUGUGCCUCAUUCACUGCAACAUUAAUACCAGCGGGAGGGGAGUGGGGCAAAGAGAUGAUCAAAUGAUUGAUUUAGUGCGAAUUUUGUAUUAAUGGGUUUGUUUUUUGUACUGGUGUUUCCCAUCCAACCCUCCUUCCCCAUGGCAUAGGCUGCCUUAAGGUGGCCCCGAAAUAAACUAUAACUUGGUCUCCAAUAUCAGGAUGGACACUGUUGCAGGCUCUUUUGAGAGCCAGAUGUCUCAGACUGCCUGCCACUUCUCUAAAGCUGGGCUGCAGGCUUCAGGUCUGUUCACAAAAUAAUGCAAACAACAGGCAUUAAAAAGAAGAAGCUCUUAUUUACGCCCACCUGCCACCUCAACCGAAUUGCAAGUGAUAUCUUAAAGUCUCCAGAGUCUCAGAAGCAACUUUUGAUGUAUUCAGUGGGAGCCGGGGAGGUGUUGUUAGUCUAAACAAGAACAAAAAGAGAUUGGUUUAUACGGAUCUAAAUCAGCCUCAGGUCCUCCAAGUGCUUUGGACUACAACUUCCAUCAUCCUUCACCAUUGGCCAUGCAUGCUGGGAAUGAUGGAGUCUUAGAACAUCUGGAGAGCACCGGGUUGGGGAAGGCUGCUGUAUCCCAUGAUGUGCUCAAAAACAAGAGCCAUGGAUGGUUGAAUUAUUCUCAUCUUGAGCUUGUUAGGGCUUCAACAAUUUGCCUCGCCCCCCUACACAGAUACAGACAUGCAUCUUGCAAUGUGUUCUUCCUUCCUUCCUUCCUUCCUUCCUUCCUUCCUUCCUUCCUUCCUUCCUUCCUUCCUCUCUCUCUCUCUCUCUCUCUCUCUCUGUGUGUGUGUGUGUCUGUCUGGAUUGCAACCUACUGUACUGCACAUUGUACAGGAUACACUACUUUUUUGAGAUCCAGCAGGGUGCAUGGCAUUUGCAGCCUGCUAAAACCAUAACUAAACCUCAGCUGCACCUUUAUGCAAGAGUCUACAAGCACAUGCCUUGGAGCUGAGCCCAGUGAUUCUGGAGCACAGGUAAAGGACUGCAGCUUCCCCAUUCAUUGAGAUAUUUGGGGGAUUUUUCUGAAUGAGCGAUCCUGACAGGCAUUCAAGUGACACAACCUGCUCUUGCGCUGGAAACCUCUCCUGCUUUCGCAGAGAGCGUUGCACAUACAGGAACUCAACAGAACUCAGAAAUGCAGUACACAGACCCGUCCACAAAUUUCCCAUUUGCUUUUAAAGUCCUUUUAAUUCUUUGUAGGCUGACGGAGGGAGGAAUCGUGUACAAAUACUGUAAAAAAUUGUUACACAUGCCUUAAAUCUGAGCCUCUGGUGGGUGUUUUUUUUUAAAGGAUGGGAUUAUACUUUAUGAAAUCUUGUCUCAACUUCUAACUUUGCAGAAAUAAAUUGCUUGACAUUUUAAGAACAUAUGUUUAAAUAAAAAAAAAUUCUGUGCAGGGAUUGUU